UGGACUCUGAUGGAAAGUGACAUACAGUGGAGGUGGCCCCAUGCCAGUCGAGAGUUCGCCGAUUCCAUCAGUAAUCUCGGAUUUUUCAUCAUCGUCCUCGUAGCUUGGUGGUAGCUGUGGUAACUUUGCUAUUCGGGCACUAAUUGCAGAGCGAUAUAGUGAGCUCAUCUCGACAAUCGUGAAUCAGGAGUUCCAACGCGUCCCAAUUUGGACCCAUUCAACACUUGAUUAGUAAGCGAACAUCCAAAUUGUCCUUUGCCGCAUCGACUGAAACUUUGCAAGGACUAUGGCGUCGCUGUUCCGCAUAACAUCGAACAACAUAUUCAGGCCUUCGUCACGGUCAUUCGCGACGGCGGUACAAAAAAAAGUAGCGUCUAAAUCAGAACAAAACACCCACUUCAAAAUCACUCUCCGCCGCUCUGCAAUUGCACUAGGCGAACGGAAGAAGGAAACCUUGGUAGCGCUCGGGCUGCAUAGACGCAUGCAAACCGUGUAUCAAGUUCACAGUCCAGAAGCUGCAGGAAAAAUUCUCAAAGUGAAGGAAUUAGUCGAGGUUGAGAAUGUACCAGCAAAGGCUGUACGCUCUCAGUCAGAGCAGAGGAAGGAGAGGAAGGCAUCUAGAGGGUACCAGGUACAGGGCACAAAACUGGGAGAGCUUGCAUGGGAAACUUCAUGACCAGGCCACAUAAUUCCAUUGACCAGAGUCCUUUCUCAUCCUCUUGUUUAUUAUUGGUUUUUCCUUAGUUAUAUGCCUCUAUUGUUAUUUGAAGAUUCGAUAACCUUUUCAGGUGGUGUCUGCUUUCGCUCUCUGCCAUCAUGUUGUCUUUCAUCGGAACAAUAAAAUUCAUGGUGCGGUGUUUAUCUUUCGAAGCAGAUGCCUCGUGGCUCCACCGUAAGUCACAAUCAUUUCUGUUACUUGUUGUCUGUGCCUUAUCCACACC